AGCUGUAAUAGCCAACAUGCAGAAAGCUGCUUACUUUGACAAUGCCGGACUGUUUGGAGGUUACUCAUAUCCGAAAACCGAUACGUAUGGCUACAGCACUAAUCAUCAGCCGUACCCUCCUGCUAACAUCGAAAAUGAUUUCCAAGGCUCUGUUUGUACAAUACAAACACCCGCCAUCAGACCCCCAAAUCACAAAACUGGUGAAAUGAAUGGCAGCUGCAUGCGAACAAGUGGCAGCCAAAGUAGCAGCCAAGCCAGCAGUAUAAACGAGCAACAGGCACCCCCACUACCAGCAUCACCGCCAAACUCAAACAGCACCACCUCGCAGAAAAAAAAGUCAUCAUCAGGCACUUCUUCUAACCCCGUCUCAUCAGGUAUUACUAAGCAGAUAUUCCCAUGGAUGAAAGAGACACGGCAGAACGCGAAACAGAAGAGCAACUGCACAACUUCAGGAGAAACUUGUGAUGACAAGAGUCCGCCAGGACCGGCUUCAAAGCGAGUCCGCACUGCGUACACCAGCGCCCAGCUUGUUGAACUGGAAAAAGAAUUUCACUUUAACCGCUAUCUGUGUCGUCCACGGCGCGUCGAAAUGGCCAAUCUUUUAAAUUUGACUGAACGCCAAAUAAAGAUCUGGUUUCAAAACAGAAGGAUGAAAUACAAAAAGGAUCAGAAAGCGAAGGGUAUAAUGCAUUCUCCCAUUGGACAAUCCCCAGACAGAAGCCCCCCGUUAAGUGGUUCAAAUCACAUUGGAUAUUCCAGCCAGAUCUCGAACGUAAACAGUCUUAACUACGAUGCUCCUUCACCGACUUCGUUCGCUAAACCGCAGCAAAACAUGUACGGCUUGGCAGCCUACACGGCACCACUCGGUAGCUGUCUGCCGCAACAAAAACGGUACCCGGGAUCGGAGUAUGAACAUCAUGCUAUGCAAGGUAAUGGCGCAUUUGCUAAUGCUAAUCUACAAGGCAGCCCUGUUUAUGUUGGGAGCAAUUUUGUUGAUUCCAUGCCUGCUUCAGGUCCAAUGUUCAACCUUGGCCAUCUCCCCCAUCCUUCAUCCAGCAGCGUGGACUACAGCUGCGCUGCUCAGAUCCCCGGAAAUCAUCACCACGGACCUUGCGAUCCUCACCCAACAUACACAGACCUGACUUCUCACCACGCACCUCAGGGACGGAUACAGGAAGCACCCAAACUGACGCAUCUCUAGUGGGCUGCGAAGAUACUGCAGUAAUGGCUUCUGUAUUUUUAUUACCUCACUAGUCUGAAGUACUUUAUAAUGAUGUUCCAUGAAAACCAGCUGUGUACAUUCAUACCGAACUCCCUGCUUUCAGCAGCUGUGUUCCUCUGUGAGACUAAAAGAGGCCAGAUAAGGAAUGUCUUUGUAAGCUGAUGUAGUGCAAUGCGCAACAUAUAUUAUGGACUAAAAAAAACUUACAAACAAAAAAAAAAAA